AUGGAAUCAUUCUGCAACGCAUGCUCAAACAUCUUCAUCGGCGGCAAGUCACGCAAGAGGGACGUGGGUGGAGCCACGUUCCUUCAUCAUGAGUCAUUCGCCGCGUUCCAAGACGCAUUGCGUACGGGUUGUUUCUUCUGCGAGAUGAUGGAGAGAGCUUAUGUCAACGAACACGGUGGUUUUUCGGAACAGACACGGAAUGGCAGUCAAAGCUUCAAGAUCACAUACAUCUUUGAAACCGAUGUCGAGUGGCUUGGCUAUGUCAGCGAUGACAAUGAGGAGGAGCAAGAGGAAGUCGAAGAGACGGAUGCACGGGCUGUUUCCGAACAACACGAAAGCGGCAGAGUUGAUGACAGCGAUUCGAACAGCAUUGUGGAGGAGCCAGCGGAGACGUUUGAUACCUUUCAGAUGCUCUUGGUCCAUUUCUGGCGUGGUGAGCACGAUCGGACAGUCAAGGACUUCUGGCUGCUUCCAACUCAACAUGCAGGAGCGUAUGCAUCCGAGAAGGACCCCGGCAUUGAGGUGGUCUACAGCCAUCCGAUCGAGGACAAUACCGGCUCGGAGCCGAAUCGUCUGCUGAUACGCAAGUGGAUAGACUACUGCACCAAGCAUGAUGAUGCUUGCCCGCUACCACCGAGCACAGCUGUACGUCUGCCGACUCGUGUCAUCGACGUGGGCAACACCGGAGAUGGCCAGGUGCGCCUUCACGUCACGCAGGAAUCGGACAUCAAGCACGGCCGUUACAUCUCGUUGAGUCACCGAUGGGGAGAAGUGAACCUCCCCAAAUGCACCAAGAGCAGUCUUUCUUCCCUACAGCAGGGCUUCGAUGUGGCCGGCCUGCCGAAGACGUUUAGGGAUGCCAUCGAAGUGACGCGGGAACUGGAAGUCCGCUUUCUCUGGAUCGACUCCCUCUGCAUUCUCCAAGACUCGGCCGAAGACUGGGCGCAGGAGGCCGGCAUGAUGGGCGAGGUCUACCGAAACUGCUAUGUGAACAUCGCAGCCACCGCUGCGCAAGACAGCGAUGGUGGCUUGUUCUUCGAUCGCCGCAAAAGGGACGUCGAACACUUGGAGGUGGAAAUCGACUGGUUCUCUGAAAAUAAUUCUGCCCCCGCUAGCGAAGAAGCCGCGUCUCGUCCUCGAUACGUCUCCUGCCACUGCUGGGAUCCCGACCUAUGGAGCUUCGAAGUCGAGCUCGCCGUCGUCAACACGCGCGGCUGGGUCGCCCAAGAGCGCCUCUUCUCCCCGCGCAUCCUGCACUUUGGCGCGAACCAGCUCCUCUGGGAAUGCAGCGCGCGCGCCGCCUGCGAGAUGAGCCCCGGCGGCGACCCCGACCUCUCCAUCGGCCCCCAGCUGCGGCCGUGGAAACACCUCGCCGACUGCUUCCGGGACGCCGCCAACACGACGCCCAUGCGCUCGUUGACGAGGCCCCAGCGCUUCAAGAAGUGGCAGGCGUGGUGGGACUUCGUCGAGGCGUACACGACGCGCGACUUCACGUACUCGUCGGACAAGCUCAUCGCCAUCUCGGCCGUCGCCAAAGCGAUGAUGGCCCAGCACGAGGGCGUGCCCGAGGACUACAUCGCCGGGCUGUGGGCGUGGUGGCCGGAGCUGGACCUGUGCUGGCACGUAUCGCACAACCGGCAGCCGCCGCUGUCGUUCAGGACGACGGUUCGGCCGGCGGAUGGGAAGAGCGCGUGGCGCGCGCCGUCUUGGAGCUGGGCGAGCGUGGACGGGCCGGUCAUCAGAGCGUACGUCGAUCGCGGCGACGAAGCCGUUUUGCUGGUCCGCGUUCUGGACGCCCGCGUCGUUGCGCUGCGUGGACGCGACAGGACUGGCCAGCUGGAGGAUGCGUCGUUGGAAGUCGAAUGCCGCGUCUUCUCUGCAGCUUGGUCAACGCCUCCCCUUGCCGAUGUUUCGAGAGAUGGGGCAAAGCUGCUGGACGCCAGUGGAAACGGUGUGCUCACCGGGAGUAUCAGCUUCGAUGAUUUCCAUCAGGCGAGUGCUGUGGCUGCUUCGGAUAGCGUCCGAGUGGUAUGUCUGCCAAUCACGCAGAUAUUCACUCAGUUCGAUGAUCCGUUGGGGCAAUACUUCGUACACGGGCUCCUGGUGGAGGUUGUGCCGGGCGAUGCCCUUGUCUAUCGCCGAGUGGGCCAUUUCAUGGUCAACGGCAGCAUUGAUCAGUUAUACGCUGUGGCGGAGAAAGAAGGCUUUAGGAAUACAGGUCCUGUAGUGGCUACACUGCUGUGA